AUGAGCCUCUUCCUGAAGAACAGCACCUCCCUCCCCGCCAACCUCUCGGUGUCCUCGACCCUGCAGGGGGCGGGGCCUAACCAGAGCUGGGCGGGGCCCGAGGUGGCGCCCUCGCAGGUGGCGGUGGGCGUUCUCCUGACGCUCAUCGACCUGGUGACGUUUCUGGGCAACACGGUGGUGUUCGUGUGCCCCAUCGUGGAGCGGAGGCUGCGGACCGUCACGUACAUGUUCAUCAUGUCCCUCGCCAUGGCCGAUCUGCUGGUGGCCUGCCUGGUCAUGCCCUUCAGUAUAAUCUAUGAGGUGACGGGUAUGUGGUUGUUUGGGCAGCACUUCUGUAAGAUGUGGAUCUCAUUUGAUGUGCUGUUCUGCACCGCCUCCAUUGUGACCCUCUGCUUCAUCAGCCUGGACCGAUACUGUUCAGUCAUCUCCCCUCACCACUAUCCCCAGAGGAUGUCUCGCUCCAGAUGCAUCGUGAUGACGGUGACCAUCUGGGUUUACUCCUCCCUCAUCUCCUUCCUCCCGGUGAUGCAGGGCUGGAACGAGAUCCCGGGCCUGGCCUACGACCCUGGCCAGGACUGUGUCUUCGUCACCAACUGGGCAUUCGCCAUUGUGGCGUCCUCCCUGGCCUUCUACCUGCCCUUCCUCAUCACCUGCACCAUGUACUUCUUCAUCUACCGCGCCUCCAGGCUGAAGGCCACGCGAAUCGGCUCGCAGACCCUGGAGCUGCACUACCAUCCCGAGAGCCGCCGGCCCAACCACCUGCAGCUGGAGAACAAAGCCACGCGAACCAUGGCGGUGAUCAUCUCCGUCUUCGUCAUGUGCUGGCUGCCCUACUUCGUGCUGAACGUGGGGCUAGCGGCCGGGGGCUGGGGGGGAGAGAGGCCCCCACCCUUCGGCGUGACGCUCCUCUUCAAGGUCAUCACCUGGCUGGGCUACUGCAACUCCGCCAUCAACCCGGUGCUCUACGCCUUCCUGAACCGCGACUUCCAGAGGGCGCUGCGGCGGCUGCUCGUGUGUCGCCGGCGGCGACGGUCCGCGUCCGUGGACAUCGGCGAGGACAUGGUGUCCAUCGUCACCUUCUCUCGCACCGCCCAGGACCCCGAGUACGAUGGCAAGGCCACAGCAGUGCCGAACGGAGCGAUCAAGAACCAGCCUCCAAGAUGGCCGCCGACCGAACCGGCUACACGCCCACUGAAGCUGUGAAGAUGCACCCAAAAGCAGGGCGGAAUCCCAGAGUUCCCAGCGAAAUGAGUCCCAUUUCAGUCCUGUAUCCCAACGAACAAACAAUUGGGAUACUGUUAAUACUGAUAUUUUAGUUUCAGAAAUAAAUAGUAAAUAAAAAUGAAAAAUAUAUAUAUAAAAACUGAUUUCAUAACUUUGUCAAAGUAGUGGGAGCAUCUCUCUUCCAAAGGAUCUUGCACCCAGAAAAUGUGUUGACAAGACUGUGUUUUUUUAGUUCAUGAAUUAAAAUGGGAGGCACAAAAUAAAAGCAACAUGCAUUGGUCAGCGGUGGAGGAACAAUGUUUAGGUUGCAAGUGGGGGGAAAAAAGUGAGACAUAAGGUUCAAAUGCUGAUCCAGGACCACAUUUCCCCUUUACCACGGAGCCAGUUGUAAAAGGCAGUACUGACAUUCUAACCUCCAAGACCAUUUCCAUGGAAAUUAAAGAGGCUAGUCUCCCUGCUCGCUGUAUCCAAAGACCCAGGGUCACUGCCAUCUUCAGAGAAACCACAAACUGGAAUCAACAUGAAGCGUUGAAGAGAAAGAUACAGUGUCUCUGUAUGAGACACUCUCUACAGCUUCAGUAUUAAAGAACAAGACAAGAUUUCAUGUCCUCAUCUUUAUGUAACAAGAUGUGUUUUGGGAGGACACAUUAGUAGUUGCAGUUGUAUCUGUAUUUUUGUGUUGUGAUGAAAAGUAAAAUGAUUUUGCAAUGUGUCGAGAAUAUAUUCAUGAAUAGUUCAUAAUAGAUGGGUCAAUUUGAGGGCCUAUAUUAAAGUGUUGUGAAUGUCUA